AAAAUGAUAAAAUCUUGUAACAUAGUAAAAAUCUCUCAACUCGCUUUCGGACACAACACAACACUCUUGUCUCUCUUAUAAAUGUUCUGUCAAAGCAAUCUCUCUCCAUUCAUUCACCUUCUCCGCUCUCCUUCUUUAAUUUUAUCGUUUUUCAUCGAAGCUUACACACAACCGACAGAGACAACAAUGUUGAAAAAGCCGAGAGUAGUGAUCAUCGGAGCCGGAAUGGCCGGCCUCACGGCGGCGAACAAGCUCUACACCCACUCCAACAACACCACCUUCGACCUCUCCGUCUUCGAAGGCGGGUCCAGAAUCGGCGGGAGGAUCAACACCUUCGAGUUCUCCUCCGAGAGGAUCGAGAUGGGCGCCACGUGGAUACACGGCAUCGGCGGAAGCCCCGUUUACAAAAUCGCCGAGGAGGCUGGCUCUCUGGUCUCCGACGAGCCGUGGGAGUGCAUGGACUCCACCGCUGAUAAAGCUAGGACCUUUGCGGAAGGCGGCUUCGAGGUUGACCCUUCCGUCGUCGAACCCGUCUCGGGGCUGUUCAACGCUCUCAUGGAGCUAGCUCAGGGCAAAAAGAAAGAGAAAGAGAAAAAAAUCACUCAAAACGACGUCGUUUCGGGGUUGGGUAGUAUUUACGAAAAUGCCACUAGUGUUGGUUCGUUCUUGAAAUCUGGUUUCGACGCUUACCGUGAUGCAACCGGCAAUGGAGGGAAUGGAUCGCUCGAAGAAGCUAUCUUUACGAUGUUUAGCAACACGCAGAGGACGUACACGUCAGCAGAUGAUCUCUGGACGCUUGACUACGCGGCGGAGAGCGAGUACCAGAUGUUUCCAGGGGAAGAGAUCACUAUAGCUAAAGGCUACGUGAGCGUGAUUCACCACUUGGCCUCUGUUCUUCCUCAUGGUGUUAUCCAGCUGAACCGAACGGUCACGAAGAUCGAGUGGGAGAGUUGUGAAGAGUGUCCCGUGAGGCUGCAUUUCUCAGAUGGGUCUGUUGUGUUUGCAGAUCAUGUUAUUGUUACCGUCUCUUUAGGUGUGCUUAAGGCAGGGAUUGAGAGUGAUGACGAAUUGUUUAGUCCUCCUUUGCCUGAGUUCAAAUCAGACGCGAUCAAGAGGUUAGGCUACGGAGUUGUGAACAAGCUCUUUGUUGAAGUGUCUGAGAGGAACUUCCCGUCGUUGCAACUCGUGUUUGGUCGGGAGGAUUCGGAUUCUAGGUUCGUGAAAAUACCGUGGUGGAUGAGGAGAACCGCGACGAUAGCACCAAUCCAUAGCAAUUCGAAGGUCUUGCUUUCUUGGUUUGCAGGGAAAGAAGCUAUAGAGCUCGAGAAACUAACCGAUGAAGAGAUCAUAGAUGGUGUCUUGACCACUAUAUCUUGCUUGACAGGCAAGCAAGUGAAAAAUGGCUAUGUGAAUGGUAAUGAUAAUGAAGUCUUGAGAAUCACAAAGGUCUUGAAGAGCAAGUGGGGAGGUGAUCCUCUGUUCCGCGGCUCGUAUUCUUAUGUGGCCGUUGGAUCAAGUGGUGAUGACCUAGACGCCUUGGCUGAGCCAUUGCCAAAGAUUAAUAAGAAGAGUGGUCAGGGGAAGUGUCAUGAUCAAACCAAGGUUCAUGAGCUUCAAGUCAUGUUUGCCGGGGAAGCAACACAUAGAACUCAUUAUUCCACAACUCAUGGUGCUUACUAUAGUGGUAUGAGGGAAGCCAAUAGGCUUCUCAAGCAUUACAAAUGUGAUUUUUGAGUGUUCAUUUUAAGAAUAUGCUUUUUGGGGGAUCAAUGUGUUUAGAGAAGCUUAUUUAGUUUUUUCUCUUAAAUUACAAAAGUUAUAAGCA